AUGGCAGACACAGAGCAAGCAAAGGCUGCUGUGAAUACAGAUGAAUCAACCACUCAGACUUCAUCUCCCCAGCCAACCACUCCUACUGCCAAUGACGAUGCGUCGUCCACUGCAACAACUUCGUCACUGCCGCCACUGUCACCAACCGAGUUCAAAAUCUACAACCGCUUAGCUGAACAAAUGAAGUACUUUGUAAGCUUGUUCAUAUUUUGCCAUACCUUUGUUUGUUUCACUCUAUUCCCUCACAUACUCAUCUCUCAUUUUCCCUUCUUACCUCUCCAGCACGACCACUUUGUAGGAAUGUGGACAAUCCUCUACACAGCCUGCGUCAACUCCCGCCGCCCCCAAAACAUGUCCCUCAAGCAGUUCCUCGACGAGGGCCUUCGGCUGGUCCGCUACCUCGAGUCUCACCACUCCAUCGAGGAGACCCACCUCUACCCCAUCCUGGCCAAGAAGAUGCCCCAGUUCAAGGCCGGCAAGAGCAACAAGCUGCUGAGGCAGCACGAGCUGAUCCACGAGGGGAUGGACCAGCUGCACGAGUACAUCCUCAUGUGCAAGAGCCGCGAGGUCGACUUGGAGCUGUCGGUCCUCAAGGAAAAGAUGGACACCUGGGGGGAGGUGCUGAUGAAGCAUCUGGAUGACGAGGUCAAGGAGCUGGAGGCGGAGACGAUGAGGAAGUACUGGACGUUAGAGGAGAUGAGGGCGAUUCCUAUCUGA